GCCAUCUCCAGGACUCAUCCACUCAGCAAGACACCAGCGGAGCGGAACACACCAUGCAGACGGUCUCAAAGUUCAUAUUUGGGCCUACCCAAGAGGAGCGGGUCAAGGCGGUGCAGUCCAAGCUUCGAUCUGAGCAACGAGCAUUGGAUCGCGAGAUGCGGAGCAUCGACGGCGCCGCCGCCAAGGCCAAAUCAGAGGUCAAGCGGCUGGCAAAGAAGGGCGAUGUCAAGAAUGCAAGGAUCCUCGCGCGAGAAGUGGUGCGGUCCAACAAGCAAAAGAACCGCUUGGCGCUGAGCAAGGCGCGCUUGAACAGCAUCCACAUGCAGCUGCAGCAUCAAAUGGCAAUGUACAAGGUGACGGGGAGCAUGCAAAAGUCGACUGAGAUCAUGAAGCUGUCAAAUCAGCUCGUCAAGCUGCCCCAGGUUAGCAAGGUCAUGCGCGAGAUGAGCCAGGAGAUGAUGAAGGCCGGCAUCAUGGAGGAGCUCCUGGACGAUACGCUCGAUUCUGGCGUGCUGGGCGAAGACGACGAAGAGCUAGAGACUGAAGCUGAAGGAGAGGUCGACAAGGUCCUCUUCCAGCUCACAGAUGGGAAACUGGGGCAGGCCCAAGACGCAGAUGCACUGCCAGAACUCAAGGGGCCAGAGCCAGUUGUCGCCGAGCAGGAAGACAGUACAAAGGAGCAGGAGGACAUGCAGAGGAUGCAGGACGCCCUCGAUGGCCUCCUUCGGGGUUAAUACGCUUGCCGUGAUCUCUUGUACAGUACUCCAACAUAUUCCCAACUUCAGAUACAGGCAGACUCAAUUGCAAAGGACAUUGUCGUCAUCAACGUCAGGGUAAUCGUGUUUACGAACGGAAAAUACAGACUGGUA